ACGCAUGCGCAGUAAGCUUUUCCGUCGGCUGUGUUGUAGGUAAUGGUGGAGAAGAAAACCUCUGUUCGCUCCCAGGACCCUGGACAGCGGCGGGUGCUGGACCGUGCCGCCCGGCAGCGCCGCAUUAACAGGCAGCUCGAGGCCUUGGAGAAUGACAACUUCCAGGACGACCCCCACGCAGGACUGCCCCAGCUCGGCAAGAGGCUGCCUCAGUUUGAUGAUGAUGCAGACACCGGAAAGAAAAAGAAGAAAACUCGAGGUGAUCAUUUUAAACUUCGCUUCCGAAAAAACUUUCAGGCCUUGCUGGAGGAGCAGAACCUGAGUGUGGCUGAGGGCCCCAACUACCUGACAGCCUGUGCGGGACCCCCGUCCCGGCCCCAGCGCCCCUUCUGUGCCGUCUGCGGCUUCCCUUCCCCUUACACCUGUGUUAGCUGUGGUGCCCGAUACUGCACUGUGCGCUGUCUGGGCACCCACCAGGAGACCAGGUGCCUGAAGUGGACUGUGUGAGCCUGGGCGUCCCCAGAGAGGAAGGCCCUGCCUGCAUCACCCCAGCUUCGGAGAGGGCCUCACCAAAAGGAGAGGUGCUCUUCCUGGACCAAGAGAGGAGCCAUUCACCCGCCCAACCAAGCUCAUGUCUUAUCCUCCAGGGAAGACCAGUCUCACUCCCGGGGACUGUGGCAGGGAAGUGGGCCGAGCCCUCACAGUGCUAUUGUAAUGAAAGGUCUCAUGUGAGGAGGA